AUGGCACCGGAACCAACCAAGAAGACCUUCAGAUUUGCGAUCUUUCUCUGGAAUUCCAAUCCAAAAACAGCAAUCUGGUUGUCGUAUCUGGAGUUGAUAGGCUUGCAGGACUCUUCAGUUCUGGCGUAUUUCUCAUCCUCAGGAAGCGAUUCCAAAGAAUCAAAUUGGCCCACAAGUCCCUUGAUGUCUGCGUUGAUGUAUCUGAUGCCCUUUGAGUGGGUUAACUCAUUGAUUUCGAGCUGUUUCUCCAGCGGAGUCUCUGUGGUGACCACCACCUGGAAAGAGGAGACCGACUCGGGAGUCAAUUCUGAGACAAUAGAGAUAGGAACGUACGAGUUGAGCUCGGAGAGCUUGGCCAACGAAGCCUCCGCUCUGGACUUUCCAAUGUCCGACUCUGUGAGGAAGAACUGGGCAGACAAGUCAGUCAGCGAGACAGGAGUAGGGUCAUAA